AGCGGGCGGCUCUUCCGCGGCAUGUGCGCGGGGCUCGGGCUGCCCUGAGCGGGGCCUCUCGGCGCGGAGCCGCCGCCAUGGGGUUGGGGCUGGGGCUGGGGCUGGCCGCGGUGCUGGUGGCAGCCGCGCUGUGCGGGAGCGGAGCGCUCGGCGGGCGCGUCCUCAGCGGUCAAAAGGUGUGCUAUGGUGGCUUCAAACGUUCCUGUUACAAGAUAGCUUAUUUCCAGGACUUGUCUAGACGCGUGGGCUUUCAGGAAGCCCGCCAAGCUUGUGAAAUGGAUGGUGGGGCUUUACUGAGUUUGGAAAGUGAAGCUGAGCAGCAACUAAUAGAAAACAUGUUACAGAACCUCACUAAGUCAGGCUCUGGGAUUUCUGAUGGUGAUUUCUGGAUUGGGUUGUGGAGAAGUGGUGAUGGACUGGCCACAUCAAGUGCUUGCCCUGACCUCUACCAUUGGGCUGAUGGAAGUAUUUCACCCUUCAGAAAUUGGUAUACAGAUGAGCCUUCCUGUGGAAGUGAAGCCUGUGUUGUCAUGUAUCAUCAGCCAACUGCAAACCCUGGUCUGGGAGGGCCAUAUCUUUAUCAAUGGAAUGAUGAUAGAUGCAACAUGAAGCACAAUUUUAUCUGCAAGUAUGGUCCAGACAAUGUCUUAGAAAAAGAAUUAGGAGACAGAGCAGAGCCAGAUUACGGUAUUUUUCCAACAGUGCCAGCAGGAAAUCCAUAUGACACAAAGAAACCAGAAGAUCAGUAUCAUGUUAUAGCUACUGAAACAGGUAUAAUUCCAAAUCUAAUUUAUGUCGUAAUACCCACUAUACCACUACUACUGUUGAUACUGGUGGCUUUUGGGACUUGCUGUUUCCAGAUGCUUCAUAAAAGUAAAGGAAGAACAAAAACAAGUCCGAACCAGUCCACACUAUGGAUUUCAAAGACACCUAGGAAGGACAGUAGCAUGGAGGUAUAAUGAUUUACUGACUGAAAGCAAAGCAAAAAUAAUAUUUUGCAGUUGGGCUGUAUUGUAAUGUCGUCGGAGAACAUUAGCUUGGAAUGGCUUGAAAAUGCAAGGGAUCUACAAGAAUGAACUGUAAGCUCCCCCUUGAGGCAAAUGUUCAGAUCAUUUUUUAUAAUGUUUGAUUAUUAAUUCAGUAACAAAAUAUGCCAUGCUAAAUAAAGGAUAUGUGUUUAUUUUGCUAAGAGAUGUAAGUCAGCUAGUUGUGAGUAAUGAAAUGAAAACGCAUUUGAAAUUUUUAUGAGGACAUAUCUACAAUGUAUAUCAAUUUUAAGAUAGAUUGUUUGUAGUUAAACAAAACCUUCUUGUUUUCUUUAAUCUCUUAUGCAUUGUAACCUAGUUGAUGUACUGUACAUGGAACUGACAAUUUUGCAGUGUAACAAUUAUUUAUCUUUGCAUAAAUGUUUGAUACAAAAUAUUUGUUUAGUAUUUAUUUGCACACUUACGACAGUUUUUGAUCCUCAGGCACAAAUUACUUUGGUAUACAUAAACCAUGCUUGCUGGCAGAGACUGCUGCCAUAUUUCAACAUUCAUCUGCUGUGACAAAAUUCAAGGAUUCAAAAAUGGUUUGAUCUUAUAUAAUGAAUCCAUUUUACCAGGGAGUGACCACCAUAUCUUCUUGAUGUAUUGGUCCAAGGCCAACAUAAAUCACUUGGCAAAUGAUAAAACAUUAAUGAGAUACUUUUGAAUACAGCUCUUAGUGGUUAAGCAAAAUAUUUUUUUCUUAAAGAAAAUACAAAUUUCAGUA